GCGGUUGAGAAUAAAAGCCAAAGCAACGAGAACUCUUUCAUACCAUAGCAAUGGAGCAGUCUGUUACUACUUAUUACGAGUACCCACUGCUCCAUUUUUAUACUGUAUAUUUUUCUGGGUACCGUGCAGAUUCUGUUUUAUUCUGUGAAUGGGCAUUGUGGUCCAUCACGCGGGCACGUCGCCUUACUGGCGACCCAGAUUGCCCGGUUUCAGAGUCUUCAGUUCGUCUGAGACGGCGGUGUUGCGGUGGCAAGUGUUGGAACAAAUUGACAAGGAGCUGAGUAAAGGAGACGACAGGGCUGCACUUUCCCUUGUCAAGGAUUUGCAGGGCAAGCCUGGGGGAUUUCGCUUUUUUGGUGCUGCUAGGCAGGUACCCCAGAGACUCUAUGGUUUGGAUGAACUAAAACUGAACGGAAUAGAAGCUUCAUCUCUGCUGUCACCAGUAGAUGCAACUCUUGGUUCUAUUGAAAGAAACCUGCAGCUUACUGGUCUUGUAGGAGGAAUAUCUGCAUGGAAUGUGUUUGGAUUGAAUCCACAACAAAUCUUCUACUUCUCUGUCAGCUUGCUGUUUUUUUGGACAUUUGACGCGGUUUCUUUUAAUGGUGGAAUCAGCAGCUUGAUUCUUGACACAAUUGGCCACACGUUUAGUCAAAAGUACCGCAAUAGGGUUGUCCAACAUGAAGCUGGCCAUUUCUUAAUUGCCUACUUCCUGGGAAUACUUCCAAGGGGAUAUACGCUCUCAAGUUUGGAAGCUUUGAAGAAGGAAGGAUCUCUCAACGUUCAAGCGGGGACUGCUUUUGUGGAUUUUGAGUUCCUUGAAGAAGUAAAUGCCGGAAAGCUAACAGCCACAAUGCUGAAUAGGUUUUCGUGCAUAGCACUAGCAGGUGUUGCAACUGAAUAUCUUCUCUAUGGACAGGCUGAGGGAGGCCUUGCAGAUAUUAACAAGUUGGAUAUGCUGCUAAAAGAUUUGGGUUUCACUCAGAAGAAAGCAGAUUCACAGGUCAGAUGGGCUGUUCUUAACACUAUCCUAACGUUGCGUCGCCACGAAGGAGCACGGGCGAAACUAGCUGAGGCCAUGUCUGAGGGAAGAUCUGUGGGCUUUUGCAUUGAUGUUAUUGAGAAAACUACAAAUGCUGCAGACAUUUAGGUUCAACUAUGUUUUGGCACACAACUAUGUUUUGGAACAUCCCACACAAUCAUUUUCCCCCCUCCUCUUGUUGGAAAACUGUAAUUAAUCUCUCUCUCUCUCUCUCUCUCUCUCUCUCUCUCUCUCUCUCUCUCUCUCUCUCUCUCUCUCUCUCUCUCUCGGCCUUUGAAAUGUAACGUACUUGUUCACAAAAGUAAGGCUAAGGCUAAUCUUUUGCUCUUUUGGGAAUUACUUGUGUUUUAGAUGGUUUAAGUAGUAUUAGUUUGAGUGGUCUAUUGGGAAAUAGUUUUGUUUUAGAUGGUUUGAAUUUAUGAGU